AUGUCAGAUCUCAAAAUUGAAGGUUUCAAGGCAUCUGACAUUAUAUCCGCCCUCAACUCUGCUUUCAGCGGAUUCACAGAGCAGGAGAGGGCCACGCAGAUAAAGAAGACAAAUGGCAUCUUUGAGCUUCGGAUAUCCAACGCAGACAAAACGGAGGCUGUCUGGACCAUCGACCUGAAGAAGAGCGGAUCUGUCUACAAGGGACCAGCCAAGCCAAAACCGGAUGUCACCCUCAUUUUCUCAGACGACGUUUUCACACAGCUUGCAGAGGGCAAGCUGGAUGGCCAAAAGGCUUUCCUCACGGGAAAGCUCAAGGCAAAGGGUAACAUUAUGCUUGCUACCAAACUCGACGGUGUCUUAAAGACCGCCAAAGGGAAGGCCAAACUCUAA